AUGGGCGCGUUCUUGUCGUUGCCGGUUCGAACAGGCAUGACAGGAGCUGCCGCACUGGCAAGCGAAGCGGCUUUGCGCGCCGGGGCAGGGUUGGUGACACUUGCAACACCGAGACAUCUCAACCCAAUCUUGGAAGGUCUUUUACCUGAGGUGAUGACCCUCCCGUUACCAGAAACGGACGCCGGGAGUUUGGCAGUAUCAGCAACCUCAACUAUCCUCGAAUUUGCGGAAAAAACGAAAUCAAUACUUGCAAUCGGUCCAGGACUUUCCCAACACCCAGAAACAGUAGCACUCAUCCAUCAACUGGUCCGUGAGAAUCAGGAACAAGGACUCGAUCUACGAAUAGUUGCCGAUGCGGAUGGGUUGAAUGCUCUCGCGCAAUCCAAAGAAACCAUCUCAUUACUCGACAGCGAAGCGGUGCUGACACCGCAUCCCGGCGAGAUGGCACGGUUAACGAAUACCGCAGUUCCUACAUUAGAAAAAGAUAGGAUUGGUACCGCCCAACAGUUUGCGAGCAAAUACGGUGUAACACUUGUAUUUAAAGGGGCACCCACCGUUACCAGUGCCCCAAACGGCAACCUAUGGGUAAAUUCAACGGGUAACCCCGGCAUGGCAACAGGAGGUAUGGGCGAUGUGCUGACAGGCAUCAUCGCCGGGAUUGAUGGCACAAGGUAUUUCAAGCGAAAGUGCGGCUGCGCUUGGGGUCUAUCUACAUGGGUUAGCAGGCGACAUCGCCGCUGA